AUGACUAAACAUUUAAUGAAACAUCCAAAUAUUUUUGAAGAAUUUUCUACGGCCAAAAGUUCUAUGCCUCCUUCAACUAGAAUGUUAAAGAACGAAAAUUCUACCCCUCUGAAGAAAACAAAAAUAAAUGGACAGAGUGAAAAAGGUCCCGAUAAUACUUUUUUGAGUGAAGAUUCUAAUUAUAAUGGAAUUGAUGAAACAAUAAUUGAUUUGUCUAAACCGCCUCAUUCACUUCUUCGUUAUUAUCAGUAUGACAGAGGGGAUCCAUCAGCAAUUUGUAGAAUUUGCCAAAAACGGAUUAGUCGGAAGAAGGGAAACACAAAAGGAACAACCAGACAUUUAAUGCUUCAUCCAAGCAAUUUGCUAUAGCCAAAAAUGUUGAAAUUCCUGUAUUUAAAACUAAACGAGAAUUUAAUUCCCCAAAAACUUCAACAAAUCAAAAUAAAAUUUCA